UAUUUAAGUUUGUGCGCUAGCAAAAUCGUUUUGCAACGUUGUUUUUCUUCUCACUCUGCCUUCCCCCGAAAACUUUUCUUCCCCCUUAUUGUCCGGCAGCGGCGGUAGACGCGCAACAUCGAAGAUGAUCAUCCCGGUCCACUACUUCACCUGCGGCAAGGUGAUUGGCAACAAGUGGGACCACUACCUUGAUCUUCUACAGGCUGAUUACACAGAGGGGGCUGCUCUAGACACCUUGGGCUUGGUCCGCUACUGCUGCCGGCGUAUGCUCAUGACCCAUGUUGACCUCAUCGAGAAGUUGCUCAACUACAACACGCUGGAGAAGACCGAGUCGAGUUAAUUGAAGCCAUCCUGCUUUGUUACUUUUUGAAAUGAGUGGUAUGCUGCUUUUAUGUACCACUAGUUAGGGAGGGACUAAGUGCGAGGUCCUGAUGUUGGUUUGUUGAAGAAUGCCCAAGGAGUGUUUACUGUGGCGGUGUGUUUCUAUCAUGCAAACAGAUAUAUAUGCAGUUUGCAGUUUCAAACUACUUGGUAGCAGUAGAAAUGCAUUGAACUUUUUUCUGCUCCUGCGACGACGUUGCUUUGUCUAAAUGAAGAUUAAUAACUGGACUCUUACCCAUUCA